CCGCACACACAACAUAGAAACCCCAAUUCUCACCCUAACAAGCCUAAAACCCUAAAAACCCUCCACUGCACUUCAUGCGUUUGUCUCCACUCUCUCUCACAAUUCUCUCAUCUCUUUCUUCCUCAGCCCCUUCCGGCCAGCAUCUCUCCGUAGAGGAAGAUUAAGCCCUGACAUAUAGGUCUAAGGCUCAGACACAUAUUACCUAGGCAGAAAACUGCCAUAUUCUCUUACAAACCAAGAUGAGACCUCUCGAUGAAACAGAGACAACAGCAGUAUUUGAGAAGAUCUUCAAGUUCACAGGAAAUAACCUCAAGAAUAUUGUAGAGAAUCCUUCUCAUGAAGGUCCAGACUCCGAACCUGGCCGCUAUUGCUUCCGUCUUAACAAGAGCAAAGUCUACUAUGUCAGUGAGUCCCUUGUCAAACGUGCCACCAACAUUGCUCGCGCUAACCUCGUCUCUCUAGGAACCUGCAUUGGCAAGUUCACACAUGGAGGUAAUUUCCACCUCACCGUCCAGAGUCUGAGUGUUUUGGCCUCGAAUGCCAAGCACAAAGUCUGGCUUAAACCCACCUCUGAGAUGGCAUUUCUGUAUGGAAACCAUGUUUUGAAAGGUGGUUUAGGGAGGAUUACAGAGAAUAUUUCGCCCGGUGAUGGAGUCGUGGUGUUUUCCAUGUCUGAUGUGCCUUUGGGGUUUGGAAUUGCGGCCAAGUCCACCCAGGAUUGUAGGAAGAUGGACCCUAAUGGAAUUGUUGUGUUGCACCAAGCAGAUAUUGGGGAAUAUUUGAGGAUGGAAGAUGAUCUCUGAGUUUGAAAUUAAUGGUUUCUGAGAGUAGUUUUUGACAAGUCAUAUACAUAAUGUGAACAAGAAAUAUGAGAUGAGAACUUUGAUUAGAUUGAGUGAUCCAAAUGGUCACUGUUUACAGUAUGUAAUUCAAAUUGAUCAGUUUUGAUUCUAUAUGACAUUAUGCUAAAACAAUUUCAAGAUUUUCCUUCUAUCCUUUUUUGUAAACAAAUGAUCUUGAUUUUUUUUAUAUAUAUAUUAAUUUAUUUUAA